CAUGCCAAACCUCCCCGAAAGCACUCUCCAAUGGCUUCUCCUCUGCCGAAUUAACGACUUAUUUCACAUUUUUCUAAAAUUUACCGUUGGUCUAAAAAAAUGUCAGCUGAUAUUUCUGUAAUUUCUGAAUUUUGUUCUGGCCUGCAGCUUUUUAUUGUCCUGUCAUGCAUACUUUUAUUGGUUCCAUUCGACCUUUUAAUAGUUGGAGUUGUGAAUUUAGAUAGUUGUGAAGCUGAUUAUAGAAUUCCAAUUUGGAUGAUUUCAAUGGCUGGUUUAUUGAUUGUAGAGAGAAUGAUUUCAUGUAUGGAUAAAUCAAUAGAACAACGAUUUCUUAAUUGUGAUCCGAAGCCAUGUGUUCAUGACGGAAAAAAAGCAUUUGUUGAUUGGGAAAAAAGAAGAAAUUCAAAUAAAUCAAUGCCUUUAUAUGCAGUCAUAUCCAUAAGUCGAUUGGCAGUUUUUGUCUCAACAAUAGUUGGCAGUGUUUUUGUAUUUUCUUCAUAUUCUAACCGUUCACAAUGUGAUGGUCUUCUCUACUGGACUGCAUUUGUAUAUUGUAUUUUGUCUUUAGUUUUGUGUGUUCUUGGGUUAUUGCUCAUUGGUGGUAUAUUUUGUGUUUUGAGUAUGUUACGAUUUAAGCCAAGAUAACUAUGAAUAAACGAAAUUGAAUAUU